AUGUUCACUGUUACUCAAACCUCUUGUGAUUCUGUCCUCCAGCACUGGAAGAACGAGUUUCUGUCAUGGGACAAGGAUCAGUUCUGUGGGAUUGAAACUAUUACUGUUCCAUAUGACUUGCUGUGGAAACCUGACAUCCGUGUCCUUGAAUUCAUUGAUGAAGACGUUUCUCUUAAAGAGGCAUUUCUGGAGAUCAAAAAUAACGGAAAUGUAGCCAUUUACAAAACGUUAAGAAUUGUCAGCAUCUGCAAAAUAUUUGCCAAACAGUUUCCAUUUGAUCAGCAGAAGUGCAAUCUGACGUUUAUGUCAUAUCAAUAUUCAACUGAAGACAUACAACUGGAGUCUGAGUUAAACUCCUCUGAAAUCUAUUCCUGGUCCAAGAAAUAUAUUGAGAGUGAAGGAGAAUGGGAACUUAAGGAUGUAAAAGUUUUUCAAAUCAGUUUGCCAACGGAAAAUGAAUUCUUCGCUACCCUUGUCUAUCAGGUGUCCCUGGAAAGGAAGUGCAUGCUCUACGUGCUUAACCUGCUGGUACCAGCGGCGGUCCUGCUGAUGCUGGACUUGGCCAGCUACUUCAUCCCAGAGCCCAGUGGAGAGAAGCUGGGCUUCAAGAUCACAGUCAUCCUGGGCUUCUCCGUCCUGCAGCUCCUUCUCAGCGGGAUCCUGCCCUCUAAUGGCAGCAUGCCCCCCCUGAUUGCAAUCAUUUUCACCGUCAUCUUCACAUUCAUGCUCUUAAGCCUUCUCCAGACCAUAUUUGUUAAAUACCUCUGGAACCUACAGCCAGACAGCUGUUUACUGAGAUUGUUCUGCAGAAAACAGAAGCCCAGCACUGUCCAACUCAAAGACAGUGGAAACCAGGAGGACUCUGUUAAGACCGUAUCAGUUAACCUGAGGCAGACUGGCCCUGACUCCAGCGUGCUCAGAGCGAUGCUGCUGGAAAUACAAGCUGUCCGACAGACGGUGUCCAGCCUCCAGAGAAAGAAAGAAACUGUUCUCGGCCUGGAGAGGGCAGCUAGGGCACUGGACACGGCUUAUUUUUAUCUGUACCUCAUUUCUGUUGUGAGCUUCUUCAUUUACAUUGCUGUUAGUAUCAUGUAACCCUUUAGAUCCUGGAAAAUACAUAUAUGGGACAAGAUUCUCAGAAGCAACCUGCAAAUUACGGAGCAACCUGCAAAUGCAUGUAAUUAAGGGCUCAUAAACAUGAUGAUCCAGCCAUUCUCUCAAAUCUGAUUGCGUAAUAUUUUCCUGGGCAGCUUUUAAAUAACACAUAGCUGCAGGGGUGCAUCAAAUGAGAAAAUGCUUGGACUUGUUGGUUUACAAGCUGUUUUAAUUCAAUUAUUCUGAGUGGUGUGAGGGAGACACCCAGUAAAAACAAACAUUAUUGUUAUCUGUUACACAAAUACAAAAUCUGAAUACUUGCACAGCAGUGGUACAGAGAUUUAUUCAUUAGUCUUAAGCAUUGGGAAGGAUCUCACAGCAUAAAUUGCCAUACAAGUAAUCCUUCAACCAACUAUAUAUGUAACGUAAGCUUGCCUGGCCCAUCAAGUGUGUUACAUUAGGAUUAAGUUUAGGGUUAGAGUUAGAGUUAGGGUUAGGGUUAUAUCAUGCAAAAAAAUUACACAUUAAAUACAUUGUAACUAUGCAUAAUAACAUUGUAAUUAUGUGUAAGUACACAUGUAUUUACUGAGUAACUACUAAGCAAAUACACAAUAAUUAGAUACAGAUAAUUACAUUUGGUAUAGAUUUUUGGUAUCAAGGUUUUUCUUUAUUAUUUAUAGAUAACACACGAUUACAUAUUUGGGGCAGCAGUGUGGAGUAGUGGUUAGGGCUCUGGACUCUUGACUGGAGGGUUGUGGGUUCAAUUCCCGGUUGGGGACACUGCUGCUGUACCCCUGAGCAAGGUACUUUACCUAGAUUGCUCCAAUAAAAACCCAACUGUAUAAUGGGUAAUUGUAUGUAAAAAAAAAAAAAAAAAAAAAA